AUGGAGAUCCCCCGUUUCCGAGGCACGUACUUCACCUGCAGAGCCAUCUUAAAGCAGCGCACCCAGCGAGGCGGCAACUCUCACCUAGCCAAACCUGCCCGGAUUCGGGACGCCCGGGCAGCCGGAGGAGGCGACCGCGGCGGCGCUCCUCGCUCCCUCGCCCGCGACCCACCCGGUAUCCGCACCCCGGGACCCUCCCGGCACCGGGACCCCCCCCCCCGGCACCGGCAGACCGGGCCCUCCCCCCAGCACCGGGACCCCCCGGGAUCCCCCCCCGGCACCGGGACCCCCCCCCGGAACCAGGACCCACCCGGACCUGGACACCAGCAGGCACUGGGCACCAGGACCUCGGACCCCCACUGGGAUCUCAGCACCCCAGCACCCUCGCCAGGCGCCCGGCCCAGGGACACCAGCACCCCCAGGACUCCACCAGCAGCAGGACCUCAGCACGCCCAGAUCCUCCGCUGGGACCUCAGCACCUCGAGGACCCCACCAGCGCUGCAACCUCGGCAACCUGCACCCAGCACCAGGACCCCCACUGGGCACUGGGAUUUCGGCACCCUCUGGACCCCCACUGGGCUCCCAGCUCCAAGACACCAGCACCCCUGCAGCCUUCACCAGGUGCCCGGACCUGGGACACCAAUGCCUCAGCACCCCCAGAUCCUCCACUGGGACCUCAGCACCCCCAGGUCCCCCGCUGGGCACCAGGACCUUGGCAUCUCCAGGACACCUACUGACCAACCAGCCAUAGGAUGCCAGGACCUCAGCACCUCCACUGGGACCUCAGCACCCCCAGGUCCCCCGCUGGGCACUAGGACCUUGGCAUCUCCAGGACACCUACUGACCAACCAGCCAUGGGACGCCAGGACCUCAGCACCUCCACUGGGACCUCAGCACCCCCAGGUCCCCCGCUGGGCACUAGGACCUUGGCAUCUCCAGGACACCUACUGACCAACCAGCCAUGGGACGCCAGGACCUCAGCACCUCCACUGGGACCUCAGCACCCCCGGAACCCCUGCUGGGCACCAGGACCUUGGCAUCUCCAGGAUACCCUCUGGCCACCCAACCCUGGGAUACUGGGACCUCAGCACCUCCACGACCCCCACUGGGACCUCAGCACCCCCUGGACCCCCAGCAGGCCCCCAGCCCUGGACCCCCAGUAUUCCCCCCACGCACCCAGCCCUGGGACACCAGCAUCCUCCUCAGGACCCCCCUGGAAUCCCCAUCGUGCCCAGAGAGUGCUAAAAGAAUGUCCUUUCCAAAGGCCGGAAUAUUUCACUUGCGUAAUUCAAGCUAACGUUGAUCAGGAUGAUCACCAAAUUUUUAAAUCUCACAGAGUUUCUCAGAUUCACCGGCACCCAAAGCGCCCAGGACUCGUCUCAAGCUUCGGCGGCUCCAGUAUGGUGCUUUCCAAGUCUUAGGAUCUUUCUGAAUUUGAGGAGGACAAGAAGAAAAAAAUGGAAAUAGAAUAAUAUAACUUGCUAAGAUAACAUAAUAAGAAAAAUUUUAAAGUUUCUAUAGCUGUUCUGCUUUUGAGCAGGUGGCCGCAGCAAAGCAAGCUGCCACGCGGGAGGCUCGACUUAAAAUGACAUUCGCGGGGUAAAAAAAAAAAAUAGAGAUUUUUUUCCCCCCUCCAGACUUGGGCCCGUCAAG